AGGGUGGACCCAGUGCCUCACGAUGCCCCCAAGCCGCCCGGCUACACCCGCUUCGUCUGCGUGUCCGACACCCACUCCAGGACAGACCCCAUCCAGAUGCCGUACGGCGACGUGCUCAUCCACGCCGGCGACUUCACGGAGCUGGGCCUCCCGAGCGAGGUGAAGAAGUUCAACGAGUGGCUUGGCAGCCUGCCCUACGAGUACAAGAUCGUGAUCGCCGGCAACCACGAGCUGACCUUCGACCAGGAGUUCAUGGCCGACCUCAUCAAGCAGGACUUUUAUUACUUCCCGUCCGUGUCGAAGCUGAAGCCGGAGAACUACGAGAACGUGCAGUCGCUGCUGACCAACUGCAUCUACCUGCAGGACUCGGAGGUCACCGUGCGGGGCUUCCGGAUCUACGGCUCCCCGUGGCAGCCCUGGUUUUACGGCUGGGGCUUUAACCUCCCGCGAGGACAGGCCCUGCUGGAGAAGUGGAACCUCAUUCCCGAAGGCGUGGACAUCCUCAUAACCCACGGACCCCCGCUGGGCUUCCUGGACUGGGUCCCCAAGAAGAUGCAGCGGGUGGGCUGCGUGGAGCUGCUCAACACGGUGCAGAGGCGCGUCCAGCCGCGGCUGCACGUCUUCGGCCACAUCCAUGAAGGGUACGGUGUCAUGGCGGAUGGGACCACCACCUAUGUGAAUGCGUCCGUGUGCACCGUGAACUACCAGCCCGUGAACCCACCCAUCGUCAUCGACCUGCCCACGCCCCGGAACUCCUGACUGCCCCUGCUGGCGCGGCCCUCCCACCCGCAGCAGCUGCGUGUGCCUGGCUGAGAGCACGGACCCCCGCCGCCCCCUUCCAUGCAGACAACCCGUCUGGCCGCGGGGACCAGCCCCGCAGGUGCACUGAGGCCUUGGAAUGAAGCACCUCACCCCUGACCUCCAGCCUCUGUCACUUGGAAUCGGGACCCUUGGGUCUUCGGGGUUCUGUGUUCAUUGCUGUUUCCGCGUGGACAUUCCGUGUACCUCGGUGAAGGACCGACCAGCGGUGGCCUGUUGUGCGGGGGAAGGGCCUGCGCUUCAUCCUUCGCCGCCGGUCGCCUUCAUGGGGGUGGGACGCUACCGUUCUGGACGGAUUGUGGAAGUUCUUGCACAAAGCCUCCCUCUAGCCAAGGGUCCGCGUGGCUGCCAGCCCCGGGGCUGGGUGGGUGGGAGGUUGUAUAUCUGGACGAGCAGCCCUCCUCUGCUCCCAGGCUGCAGAGGAGGCGCCCUGCUGCGCAGCGCCCGGGGAGUGUCCGCGACGUCUCAGGAACGCAACUGCCCCGGAGGCCGGCACACCGUGGCCCGCGUGGCUCCCCUUUGCUCCUGUGGGCGUCUUUGCUGACGCUCACUGGCUCGGAGCCUGGAUGAUUGGGGGGUUGGUUCUAUAGAACGAGCCCGGGACGGCUGCAGGGCUGCCAAGCCAUGGACAAGGCCUGGUCCCGCGGGGGCUACGCUGGUCUGCAGAACUCGGCAGCCUGGAGGGCCCACAGGCCGAGGCCACCCUGCCACGCAUGUGCUCAGGCUGGCGUGCACCGUGCACACGCAUGCACGCACAUGCACACCCCUUAAUUUAACGAGCGGAUCCCAUGCUUCUCAUUGCCGUCCUCGAAUCCCCCCCCCCGGCCCCCCGGGUUUCCCUCAUGCUGGUAGGAUUCCACCCGGCACGCCCACCGCGGAGGAUGGCCGAGUGGGUCAUGGACCUCGUCCCAGCGCCAGCUGGCCCAUAACGGGAGGUGGCACCGUGACAGCACAGGCCCCGGGCACAGGGGUCUCCCUUUUCUUUUUAAAAAUCAGGACUUGGGGGGCGGGCCUUGGGCUGAAUCUCUGAGGGAGGGGCAGCCGGCAGGGCCUGGCGGGGGGUGGCGAGGGAGGCAGGGUGGGCACGCGCAGCCUCAGGUCUGUCUUCAUUUAUAAUUUGGCUGUUUGUUCAUCAUGGAUGUUUUUGCAUCGACUUUGAUUUUUAAAAAUAUUGCAUUAAAAUAGUAUCCAUUAGCGUCCUCACUGAGGUUUUGGGUAACCCCUUAAAUUGUGCACCCGCGAGGAGGGGCCGACUCGCCUCCCCCAGUCCCAGCCCAGGAACCAGCAUGUGAUGAGCCCUUUGCUGUUACAUCUCAGUCAAGCCUGCAAGGUGGGUACUGUUGGCCCCAUUUUAGAGAUUAAGAGAUAGAGCCCAGAGAGGCGAGGUAACUUGCCUGGGGCUGCACAGCUCAAAAGGGGCAGAGGCAGGAUCUGAACCUUGCUCCCCCCCCCCCCCCCCCCCCCCCCUCACCCCUCCCCCCCCCCCCCCCCCCACUCCGCCCUGCAAGGCAAUGCGUGCCCAAGGUUCUUGUUUUUGGAAACUUACGGUCCCGUUCAGACCUGUCUGGUUCAUUUCUCAUGGCGCCCCGCAGCCCUGAGGGUGCCCCCGGAGCCCUGAGGGUGCCCCCGGAGCCCUGAGGGUGCUGUCCCCGCACCCUGGCAUCCCCAAGACCCGGAUUCCUUCCUACGCGGGAGAGGCUCCCUGUGGGGCUCGGGCACCGUCGGGGCUGCGGCCACACCGCACUGGCCCAGGUCAGCUUCGCGCUUUGGGGCAGGGCUUUAGGAGCCCUGUUUGGCCCAAGUGGUUCCUGGCGGCUGGGGAGUUCACGAGGUCCCGGGGGUGCCCCAGACGCAUGGCGUGUGUGCGGAGUUGGGGUGUGGGUGGGGGGAGAAAACACAAGGCCCUUUCAGUCGCCUCUACUGCAUUUCUAUGUGGACCAAGAUCUAUAAACUUAAAAAAAAUUUUCCUAAGGUAUCUUCAGAAUAGGGUGUAUUUUUAUGUGGAGAAGACGUUACGAAGGCAGCUGUUACUUUAAGAGAAAAUGCAUUAAAAGUCCUUGAGCUACGAGAGCUGAUGCGUGCUCCUCAACCAUUUCGGCAUAACUUGAUUGUGGCUGUAAUUUUUUUGUCAAGCAUGUCAGACAAUAAAGUCUUUGUAAAAAGAGA